AUGGCUCUGAAAUACAUCAACAAGCUGGAGGGGAAGCUUGUCAUCAUCAUCGGAGGCACCUCAGGCAUUGGUUUCGCUGUGGCAGAAGCCUGCGUCGAACACGGCGCCAGGGUUGUGGUCGCGAGCCGAAAACAGCAAAAUGUUGACUCGACUGUGGCAGCCCUAAAGAAAGCCUAUCCUGAUGCGAAGGGCGAUAUUCGGGGACACACGUGCGACACUGCUGCGGACGAUGCUGAAUCCGAAAUGACUAGGCUUUUCGGGUAUGCUACAGACGGAGGCACAGUCAAAGUUGAUCACGUUGUCGAUACCGCGGGCGAGACUGGUAGUCCGAUCCACGGUCUCCAGUCUGUCACAUCGGAAGAUUUGGCAAAGGUUCAGAAGUCACGAGUCAUCGGCCCCAUCCUUCUUGCCAAAGUCGUCCAGAAAUACAUCAAGCCUGAGUCAAGCUCUUCCUUCACGAUGACCAGCGGUGUCCUCACGUUUCGGCCCUUCAAAGCCAUGAGCAUGCAAAUUGCGGCUGGAGGAGGAAGGGAAGUGAUGACCAGAGCCCUUGCUGUCGAGAUGGCUCCCAUCCGUGUGAAUGUGGUAUCACCUGGGGCGAUUCAGACACCACUGUUGGAUUUGGCUGCUGAAGCGAUGGGGGGCAAGGAGAAUAUGCGACAAUAUUUUGCCAGCACUACUCUCGUCAACGCAGUCGGGACGGUAGAAGACUGUGCUGAGGCGUAUCUAUGUGCGAUCAAGAACAACUUCAUGACCGGAACUGUGCUCCACGCAGAGGGCGGUACGUUGCUCAAGACCUGA